AUGUACCCACCGAAGCCACUUUCCACGAAAGUUUUGAUGAGUUUAUUAACAGUUUUGCUGGCCCUGGGUGCUACGUUUGGUAAUGGUUCAAUUCUGGCCGUUAUCGCACGAUUUAAAUCCUUUCGAACUGUUCCAAACACUCUUCUCGCUAAUCUUGCUGUGGUGGACAUGCUAAACAUAGCCCUCAACGUGCCGAUCUACAUGAUUUCUGUCACGUUAGAGGCGGAUUGGUUCAGAGGACAGAGUCUGGCGAUCAUGUCCAGCUUCUUCAACCGAUUAUUUAUCAUACUCAACCUUGCAUCCAUGCUGGCUUUGAUGGCAGAUAUGUACUUUGCCAUGGCCUUUGAUCUGAAAUAUUUCGCUUGGAAAAGUACCUACAAAGCUGUGGAAUCCUCGUUUAUCAUCUGGUUCAGUGGCACCCUGAUUGUGGUUCUGUUUUCCAUUCCCUUGCUCCGCAUUGACCUUGGUGACGUUCAAGUUAUUGAAUACAGAGCAAAGAUCUACCAACAGGAAAAGUACUACAAUGCAGCCUUCAUGGCUCUCUUUACAAUAUGUUGUGGGAUACUUGGUUUUGUCACCAUACGCGCAAUCAGAAGGAGGAAAAAGAAGGUGAGUGGCAGGUCACCAGGUUUACAAAAAAAUGUAACAACAAAUAAGUAAUCCUGUCUUACAGGUAGUUAGGGAAAAAAACUGUUUCCCUCCAUAGGAAAACUAAUGAACCUAUGCCGUCUUUCAUGCGAAAAAAAAAUAUUGAAAAUCCGUUACGGGUAUUAUACAAUCAGAACAUUAGGCUAUUCAAGGCUUUUAAUCAAGAAUGCGUAGAUAACAUAGGCAAAUCUUAUCUUUUCGCCUUUGUCUUAGGAAUACGCACAAUUGUGGCAAUUUCCUGGGUCAGCGAGCAGUGCCCACGCUAAAACACAAUAGCUAAUGACUGAUUGUCUCCCCAGCUCCAACAAAUUUACAUUUGACGGCGUCCUUUUUCUUUAACGUAAAACAACGUUGAUUACAAAGUGUUAGUUCAAGAGAUUAAGGUCAGUGCAUGGUUUGGCCUCUCUUUCGAUCUCUUUUUGCUGAUUUUCUAUCCCAGUGCACGCUUGAAAAACAGAAAAUUAUUAAACAUACUUUCCGCUCUUGCUUUUCGUUUUCAAUUGUCGAUUUUUUUUCCGCUUAAAACGAAGCUAUGCGAAUUCUUGCAACGACGACCUCGCCAAACAAUUUUGCACAUGUCAAAUCUCAAAAAUUGCAAAAAUUCAAGUAAAAAUUGUUUCAUUUGUUAAAUCUAUAAAUCUUUUCACAAAAGGAAGAAAACUUACUCACUCCAGUAGCUACUUUCUAAAGCUCACUUUUUCAUAAAAACCAUAAGAGAAAAUCGACUCUGUUUUAUCGUUGUUCGUUUUAUAUACACACCAACCUAAGAGUAAGUAAAAUGAAGACCCAGGUUGAGGAUAUCACUUGGUUGAAUUUAUAAAACGGUGGGAGGCGCGUCUGGCUGAUACCGCCCCUUCCAGGGGUUUCCAAAUUUAGCAUGAUCCAUGUAUUUGGACCUCAUCAGAACAAACGACGCUCUACAUGUGCUGGGGAGGAGGGAGCAGUUACAGGAUUAAAAUAGUUGACGCUACAGCUGCCCCUGCUCUGUAAAUUGUCGGUCAAUAGUAUUCUUGCUCGUUGUGUAGCUCUUUGAAAUAUACCGAUUCAUAAUGAAGAUUUUAACACAUAUUGCAUUUAAAAGGUGAGAUAAAUAUAGACUACGAGUAGUCCCCCAUUUUUUCUCAGGGAUAGUAGAGCGAGCGAAACCCGAGCGCGCGUGAAAAUCACCCCACGCGAGAAAAGGCGACACGGCGCCGCGUGUCGCCUUUUCUCGCGUGGGGUGAUUUUCACGCGCGCACGCGUUUCGCUCGCUCUACUAUCCCUGAGGAAAAAUAGGGGACUACUCGUAGUCUAAGAUAAAUACAGGAAACGCAAGGUUCCAUGCACUGUUUCAGUUCGAUUUACACAGCUUUGAUCAAAACAUUCUCAGUUUCGAGAGCAGUUUAUUCUAAACCAUAGGAAAAGAUUUAAUUAGAAGUUGAAUUUUUCGCUAUUUCUCUUUCACUUUUUACAUUCAGUUCAUUUUAUUUCCCGGAAAGUAAGCCUUAGAAAUUAAAAGGACAUUUGAUCAAUUCACGCUCGCGUAUUCUAGUCUUAUUUUAAACUUUACAACGGAAGGACAUCUGUGAGAGGGAAAAAGUUAGCACAGAAUUUGAUUGUCGGCGAAUUUCUGUAAUCGUCUAUCGUUCUGCUAAUGAUAAGCUCGCCGUUGUUCACUCGUCUUGCUUGUUUGGGGCUGAGUCUUAUUCCAGUCAAAGAGAGAGAAAGAGUGUCUGGCAAGGUUUCCAAUCUCAAAGAUUUGUGAACUCGUAUCUGGCAAACUCUCGAAGUGUUUAUAUAUACACAGUUAUACGCGCAUUAUAACUUCAUCUGCGUUUAACGAGUGUCUUUUGGUCCAUGACUUUCAAAACAACUGCUCCACAGAAUGUCACUGAUAACACGUAACGCAGAAGAGUAUUGAAGUAUGACUGCACAAUAAAUGUCACAAAAUCUACCUAAGCGGUCCCUUCGGGAUUUUCUGUCUUUACGUCAUCCUAACCAUUUCGUACUUGCGGACGCAAACAAUAGAAACGUCAUCAUUACCUACCAAGAGAGGAUAAAUUGGACAGAGAAGGCAUCCCCCAUACACACCCUAUUCGAUAGGUAAUUCGUCUCAAGUUAUUUUUAGAAUCGGGAUAAGGUUACCUCGCGCGUUGCGUGGAUGUUUCGUGGAGGUUUCGCAUGACUAAGCGCCGUGCAAAACAUGUCGGGCGAAAGGCAAUGAAAGCGUAAAGAGAUCGAGAGCAUUUCUGAAUAUUGAAGCGAAAUUAGUCGGCGCUCACGGGAAAAGGGAAUCGCUUGUCUCUUUGACAACCCGUGAAGUUGUCGUAAGCUCAGUGCUUUAAUACAUGAGAAAUUUCGCCUGUCUAUUGAGACCGGUCGUUUGUAUAAUAAAGCAAGUAGGACGCCAAGUGUUAUUUUUGUUGAAUAAUAAAAGACUGAUAAAAGAAUAAAUAUCAAACCAGAAAUUGCUCUCUUCAAACCUUAAAUUAUAAAUGAUCCUGAGAGAAUAUUCAGUGUGUUAAGGAUUUCCCCGCUGUACUGUUAGCUAGCUGUUAGAGAGGAAGGGCGAUUCUUUUUUAAUUUCUGUUUUGCUGACACAGCUUUAGCAGAAAUCUCUCUUUAGUCGUUUUCGUCGACAAAACAAAUAGCAGUAUCGCUCUCCGCGUCUUCCGCCAUUUUUUUCUGCAUCAAUUCGUGAAGGACGCGUGGCUCUGAGCGUGAGUCAUCCACGCGGAACACAUUCCACUAUGUGAUUGGCUGUUGUCUAAUCCCACUUGGGAUCUAUUGUCUUGAAAAUAACUCGAGACGAAUUACCUAUGGAAUAGGGUGUGUAUGGGGGAUGCCUUCUCUGUCCCCUUUAUGCUCUCUUGUUACCUACUGAUUCCUCAUGGCCCCUGUUCAAGCAAUUCGAGAUUUUUUCUGGCAUACUGACUGUAUGUUUCAACUGUAAGUACUUUCGUUAAUAUACGCGCGAAUUACUAGAGUGCCUCCUCGGGAUUUCGCCUUCUGAACGAAAUCCCGGCGGGGGCAAUAAGUACGGAUAUCCGCGAUGACACAUUUCCAUAUUAAUGCGAAUAAUUAUCCUUACCAACAAAACCCCCCCCCCCCCCCUUCCCCCUUGCCCCACUUGAGACGAUCCGACUGGUUCCGAUAAGUAAUCACUAGAUGUGAACAAAACUCUUUGAAAGAAAAAAUGUAUUUAACAAUUAUUUUCAGAUUCUCUUACUUCAUAGGUAUGGACACGGUAUGCCGGACUACCUAAGAGUUUGUAAGAGACCAUGGAUUAUUGCUUGCCCUACAUUACUUUAUGCUCCGCAGGGUUGCUGCUUCAGUUUGAAAUCGGUUCCUCAUCCAAUACGUCCUCCGCCUGGCAUGAAAUAAACAUAAGCACCCGAUGCCCUAAGGUAACAGCUUUACGCACAUUCGUGACCAUUAUCUUAGCAGUUUGUCUUUCAUUUCGCAGAGAGUAGAGAUGAACCUACCUGCUCUUGAAGACCAAGCUCGAGUACAAAACACUAUCAAGGCCUCCAAGACAAUCGCUAUGACUAUAGCUGCGUAUUUCCUCUCCUAUCUUCCAGCAGUUGCCUACGCGAUACUGAGCCAACGGGAAGCAAGCCCGACCAACUCGUGGUUUGGGUUCAUCGCAUGGUACGCUACAUACUUUUCCAGUGCAGCAAAUCCGUUUAUCUACUAUUAUCGAUCCAGUCGAUUUCGAUCCUCACUCAGGCAGUUCGUCAAAGAUCCCUUUGGAGAAACUGACUUUAAAGAAAAGCCACAAGACCGUAAACGAAAAGGCAAGAAUGACGUUGAGGAAAUCAUUGGCGAAAAGACGCGAAGAAUUGAUAAAACCGGGUUAGGGGGAAAGUAUCGUGGUACACGACGAGAUGGUAUCACGGUUUGGUCAAUCGAAGCAUUGCAAUCACACCUCUUCAACCUUGAGCACUAUGGAAGCACUGGAAUAGAAAAUCAACUGCCAAACAAGCACAUUUCCGCUGCCCUUUUGCAUCAUGUGAUCGUGGCAUUGUCUCCAGCCGUAGCAAGACUUUUAGUUGGGGGAAAGGAAAAUUUUGCUGCAAAACAUGAAAGGCAGAGGUCAAAUGAAAGGAAGGAAGAAAAAAAGAACAAAACAAAUCAAGUGUACCAGCAAAUUAGCUCAAAAGGAGACAUGAUCAAUAAACGAAAGAUCUUCUUUUCAAAAGGGCGAGUCCAUCCGUUGAGCAAGUCAUGUGAAAAUAUUUUCUGUUACAAGAAGGAAGAGAUGGAGGACAAAGGAAAUGAAGUGCUCCGGCAAAUAAGUUCAAAAAGAGAUAAGAUAGGCAAAGGAACGAUCUCAUUUUCAAAAACACAGAUACGUCCGUUAAGCAAGUCUUGUGAGGAUAUGAAAUACUUUUCUUAG